AUGUUGGUAAAUGCCGCCGGCUACGCAACCAGAGGCUCCCGACACCCAUCUUGUUCAGGGUUCGAAACCAACUCCAACACCACCGUGCCACUGCCAUCUCAAGACAUCGUCAUCUCUACCGGAGUCGUAUGUAACGUCAAUGGGAGCAACUUCUCCACCCCUUGCAACGUGGUCAGUGGUGGCUGGCCGACACUGCAGAAUGUCUACAUGACUGCAAAUGGUUCUGUCAUAAGCAGCGGUGUCACCACUCCAGAUAUCCAUGUCGAGGACAGUCUGGGCUGGACAAUUUGGAAUUCUACAGGCGAUACCAGACUGUAUACACCUACCGUCCUCGUCGCUGUAGAGAACGAGACGAUUACUUUCGAUACUGGAACCAGUGGAAAUGUUGUCUUCACUCCGACCUAUCGUUGUGUGACCGGGCGCAUACAGGGCUGCCCUGCCAACUACACGCUGAUCAACAAGACUGAGAUCAGCGCUUGCUACCCCGAGCUCACGGAUCGUAUUGUAUCGUUUGAGAGUUUCCCCGGACACUUUGAGAAUAUUACGAUCGCGACUGGCUCUCGUUCGAUCAACGAGAGCAGCGUGCAUGCCGCUACAAAUUUGAAGCAGAACCCGAACGGCAAACCACCCUACAGUCUUUUAUCGAGUGGUGCCGAUGCUGGAGCAAAGUUGGCAGGAAUAGGGGUCUCGAGUGCUUUGGCUGUGGUAGUCAUUUGGCUUGGUGUAUACAUCUUCUAG